CUUCUACACCCAGGUCCGUAAGAGAAGUUUUGCUCAUCUUUCGGAAUUAUUAUGAAAAUAGAUCUGUUUUUGCUGCGGAUCUGUCAGCACCUCUCAGUAUCUUCUCUCAAUUUCGAUUUCAACAACUAAUUGGAGAGAAAUAUGUACGGAUUCGAAGCUAUGACGUUCAACAUUCACGGCGGUUACCUGGAGGCGAUCGUGAGGGGCCACAGGGCGGGGCUCUUGACGGCCGCCGAUUACAACAAUCUCUGCCAGUGCGAAACGCUGGACGAUAUCAAGAUGCAUCUCUCUGCCACCGAGUACGGUCCCUACCUCCAAAACGAACCUUCACCGUUACAUACAACUACAAUUGUGGAGAAAUGCACUGUUAAAUUGGUUGAUGAGUAUAAGCAUAUGUUGUGCCAAGCCACCGAGCCUUUGUCAACCUUCUUAGAGUAUAUAACAUAUGGUCACAUGAUAGACAAUGUUGUCUUGAUUGUUACUGGAACCUUGCAUGAGAGAGAUGUUCAGGAAUUAUUGGAGAAAUGCCAUCCUUUGGGCAUGUUUGACAGCAUUGCUACACUAGCAGUUGCUCAAAAUAUGCGGGAGCUUUACAGAUUGGUGCUUGUUGACACACCAUUAGCUCCAUACUUUUCUGAAUGUAUUACAUCUGAGGACUUGGAUGAUAUGAACAUUGAAAUAAUGAGGAACACUCUUUACAAGGCUUACCUUGAAGAUUUUUACAAGUUUUGUCAGACAUUGGGCGGUGCUACUGCAGAGAUCAUGUCUGACCUCUUAGCUUUUGAGGCUGACAGAAGGGCUGUCAACAUCACCAUAAAUAGUAUUGGUACUGAGCUUACCCGAGACGAUCGCCGGAAAUUGUACUCUAACUUUGGGUUACUUUAUCCUUAUGGCCAUGAGGAACUUGCUGUCUGUGAGGAUAUAGAUCAGGUUCGUGCUGUCAUGGAAAAAUAUCCUCCAUAUCAGUCUAUCUUUUCUAAGUUGUCCUAUGGAGAGAGUCAAAUGCUAGACAAGGCAUUUUAUGAAGAGGAGGUGAAAAGGCUUUGCUUAGCUUUUGAGCAGCAGUUUCAUUAUGGCGUUUUCUUUGCAUACAUGAGGCUGAGGGAGCAGGAGAUCAGGAACCUGAUGUGGAUAUCGGAAUGUGUGGCUCAGAAUCAGAAGUCCAGAGUUCAUGACAGUGUGGUUUUCAUAUUUUAGUUUCUCUUCAACUCUGUUGCUCCCACCUCCUUACCAACAGAUUGAUCCUUAAGGCUGAAAUGUGUUUUUAUUUUUUUUUAUUUUCAUAUAAUAAUAUAGUUAUUUUAAAUUUCCAAAAGAAUUAUUAUUUGACAUGUUAUCAUAAUUUUGAUAAUCUGUAAUGUUAUUUACUUGGUAGGAUAAGUGUUAUUUCCAGAUUUUGUGGGACCUAGCCACUUUCAAAUAAUUGUUAAACUUUUUGUUGUA